CAUCGUACACCACUCACUCUAAGCACACAAAAAUGGCCACAAUUGAAGAAGUGAGUGUGAUGAUUGUGUCAAAUGCAUCACAAGGUCACAUUAAUCCCACUCUAAGAUUUGCUAAGCGUCUUAUUUCAAAGGGUGUUCAUGUCACUAUAGUCACAACUCAAUUGGUUCGUGACCGUAUGCUCAAAUACAACAAUGUUACCUCGACUAACACAAACUCACAAAAUUCCCAAAACAAACAAAUCCAAUUUGAAUUUUUCUCUGAUGGUCUUAGCCUUGAUUUCGAUCGUGAAAAAAACACUGAAAUAUUUAUUAAUUCUAUGCGAACAACCGGUUCCAAAAACAUGUCAAGUCUUAUAACAAACCUUGCGAAAACUCGUGACUAUUAUUGCAUUAUUGUUGACCCCGUUUUGUUGACUAAUAUACAAAACUUAGCUAUUCAACUUGAAAUUCCCGUUGCAUUUCUUUGGAUGCAACCUUGUGCCACUUUUUCAAUUUCAUAUCGUUACUUUAGCAAUAUUAAUUCAUUUCCCAAUUUGGAUGACCCAAAUGAGAAAGUUGAAUUACCCGGACUUCCUUUAUUAAAGGUAAGAGAUUUUCCUACUUAUAUGCUUCCUUCAUUUCCUCAACAUAAUAGACAAAUUAUGGUUGAUAUGUGUCAAGCUUGUGACAAUAAUGUUAAAUGGGUUUUGGCUAAUACAAUAUAUGAAUGGGAAGAAGAGUGUGUGAAAUCAAUGUCUAAUUUAUCUCCCGUGUACACAAUUGGGCCAUUGGUUUCCGAAUUUAUUUUAGGUGAAAAUGAAAAAAAUAAUGUUAGUAUGAAUAUGUGGAAUGCUGAAGAUUCAUGUAUUGAUUGGUUAGACAAUAAGCCAAAUUCCUCGGUUAUUUAUAUUGCAUUUGGUAGUAUAAUUGAGUUGAAACAAAAAGAGGUGGAUAAUAUUGCUAUGGCUUUGAAAAAUAGCAAAAAAUCAUUUUUAUGGGUUAUUAAGCCAAAAUUGAAAGGUUAUGAAAAAGAUGCUACAAAAUUACCAAUUGGGUUUUUGGAAGAAACAAAUGGGAGGGGUUUGGUUGUAACAUGGUGUCAACAAGAGAAAGUUUUGAGUCACCCUGCUUUGGCUUGUUUUAUGACACAUUGUGGUUGGAAUUCAACGGUGGAGAGUGUGUCUUCUGGGGUGCCACUUAUUGGUUAUCCAUUUUGGUUGGAUCAACCAACUAUUGCUAAGAUUAUUGUCAAAGAGUUUGGAAAUGGGGUGACACUUAAUUUUGAAGUAAAUGAGGUUCCUAGUGUUGAAGAGAUUGAGAGGUGUAUUAAGGAAAUAAUGGAUGGGCCUAAUGCUAAGGAGAUUAAGAAUAAGGCAAUUGAAAUGAAAGAGAUUGCAAGAAAAGCAUUAGUGGAAGGUGGUUCUUCCGACAAGAGUAUCGAUCAAUUUGUCAAAGAUCUUGUUCAUGCUCAUAAUUUUGCUCGAGCUUGAUCCUUUAAAAUUAGUCUUGCAAUCACUUUUAAAAUUAAUCUCUUAUAAAAUAGUGAAGUCUAUAUGUAUUUUAUUAAAUAAGACAGUGAAAUGUUAGAAAGAAAGUCAAUAGUUA